AUGAGCUCCGACAACCAGGUUGUCAUUAAAACGAGUUUGAAACUGAAGAAAGGUAACAUCUUCAAGAAGAAGAAGAAAGUUGAUCUCCGUGAAAUCGAUUUGACGAUCAAGAAGGAAGAUGAGGGACGAAAGAAAACAGCGGCCGAGUUAGCAUUUGAGAAGCGUCAGAAGGAAACGGCAUUCGAAAGAUUAUCCAAAAAGGCGGCCAUCAGUCACAGGGAGAAGGUGGAGCAGUUCAACAAGCAGAUGGAGGAACUGACCGAGUUCAACGACAUCCCCAAAGUCUCUUGGACCAAGUAA